ACAAUCCAACAAAUGACAUCAACUUUUAAAUUCAUAUAAUAAACGAUAAAUUAUUUUUUUUAUUAAUUAAAUUCCCUAAAAAAUGUCAUUUUGCUUAGAAUUUGUAAGUAUGUAAUGCCAGUCAUAGAGUGUUGACGUCAGUUCUGUGACUGGUACAAGUUGAACGAGGUUCAACCGGCCGGCAUGCCAGUGACAUGAUGCAUGUCGAAGACGGAAACGGGAACAAGAAGUUGCAGUUCGAGAGAGUGUUCGAUGAAAUUGAGAUUAACAAUGAUGAGAGUAGUGAACCUAGCUACCAUGGCGCUAGGGUUUAAACGAGAGCAAAGCCAGACGUGGGAGGGUUAAAAAUGAAAAGAUUUGUUUGUAAUGGGGCUAUCCACGGGGAUUUAACCAAUAAUAGCACCUAUUAAAAAAAUUACAAAAAUAGCAUCCAGCCCACAACGUUUACAAAAAUAGCACCAUUUUUAUCAAACCGCACCUCCAAGGUGCGUUUUAUAAAUAAACUGCACCCUCCAGGUGCGUUUUAUGUAUAAACCGCACCCUCCAGGUGCGUUUUGCGCCACGUCAGACUGGGAACCGCACCUCCAAGGUGCGGUCUGUGUUUGGUGGGCAGCGGCCUUGGAGACCGCAGGAUCGUGUGGCGAUCUAGCGGGCAGAACGGACGCCACGUCAGCGAUCCGUGUCGUGGAUCGCAGAACGCAGCGUGGAGAAGCGGUCAGCGCAUCGUGGAUCGCAGAACGCCUCGAGAAGGAGCGGUCAGCGCCUCGGGACGCGAAGACCGCAUUGGAAGGGAGUGGUUUCCGCUCUAGAAAAAUUACCAGACCGUCCCUGGAGGGUGCGACCUGAUGGGUAUAAAUACCCCCUCCCCCCUCUCAUUUCUUCACACCACAACCAUUCUCCACUAUCUCUCUCUAGAAUUAUCUCUCUAACCCCUCCCUUCCCAAAAGCCUAGGAAAUAGUGGUCUGUUGGUUGCGGCUAAGUCCGAUCUGCCAUCAGAAAACAUUUCUUUGGUUUUUCCCUCAAAACCCGCCGAAUUUAUGUCCGACUUUCGCGAAAAAAUGGACGAGUGGUUCCAAGAAGAGGGAGUUUAUUAUGAUGAAUUUCAAGCGGUACGUACUCAUUAUUUUGGUCAAUUUUUGUUUUUGUUAUAAGCAUUUUAAUUAAUCUAUGUACUAACCUUGUUGUUAUUCUCUCGUAGGUUGGGGACGACGUGAAUAUAUACAACCAACGGUACUAUUUGGAUCAAGGGCCUAUUGAUCCGACCUACUUGUAUGACCAACCCAACCAUCGUUCAAGGGGUGUUUGGAACGAUCACACGGUACAUACAAUCCUUCAUUAUUUAUCUUUCUUUUAUUUUGCUAAUGUACUUAGUGGAAUAUAAAAUAAAUUUGAAAUAAUUUAAUCGUAUUGGUUGUUUUCAAUAAUUUAAUCGAAUACAUAGCGCCACUUACUUCGACUCUUUAUAAAGAGAUGCAGGUCUAAGGAAAUGGCGUUUUAAGAGAUUAUCAUGAUCCUCCCAUUUCCUGGGAAAAUCGGGUAUUAAGAGAUCCUCGGAUCCCCCAUUUUUUCUGUCAAAAACGCUGCGUUUCUAAGAAGAUGUAUACCUCUUCUAAGAGUCUAAAGAGUGUUGCAUUGGAUUCGAUUAAAUUAUUUAAAACAACCAAUACGAUUAAAUUAAUUACCAGACAGCCAAUACGAUUUAUGUUUAUUGUACUUAAAUGAAUAUAUUAAUUUCAAAUGUUUGAAUAUGUAUGUAUCUCUUUAAAUUAUUAUUCAUUUAGAAGGUUAUUUAUGUCAAUUAAUUUAGUAUGUUUGUUUUAUGAUAAUAUGUAUAUAUCUUGGAAAAACCGCAAAUUACUUAAAUUUGAUUGUCAAUAUUAUAAUUUUAAUAGAAUUAUAUUCAAAAUUAAAUCAUUAAUUUUAGUUAAUUUAGUUAUAAGACUAAACUAUUACUAAUAUAUCAUAAAUAAUUUUAAUAAUGGUUGAAAUUAUAUCAUUAAUUUUAAUUGAUUUAGUUAUAAGACUAAACUGUUACUAAUAUAUUAUAAAUAACGUUGAAAUUUUUGCUAGGAGGCAUAACAAAUAAUCCGCUACAGGGGGUACGACCAAUGUGCUCCCAUGGAACCCAGUUAUCUUGCAAUAUCUCAAAAGGGCACGGUUGGAGUCGAUUAGGCAUUUUUUAGGCAUAAAAGUCGAUCGCCAACUCAUCACCGAAUUGGUGGAGAGAUGGAGAAAGGAGACACAUUGUUUCAACUUUGGUGAAAGAGAGUGUACCAUCACACUCAAGGACGUCGCCAUCCUAACUCAUCUGCCUAUCGACGACAAAGUGGUGUGUGUGAGUGAUCAUCCCCCCGAGGAUCAUGAUGGUAUGACCGGUUGGCAAUAUUUCAUCCAUAGUGUUUUGGGGGUGAAAGUACCAACCGAGGGGAGCGUUGAUGCGACGGGUCGCUUGCCACCAUUGAGGAAAUGCCAAGUAUCAAUCACUUGGUUGACGAAGUAUUUUAGGGACCAUCACGAUCCUGAAAAAGAUGGGGUGCCCCUAACCGAGGAAAGUCCGGAGCUGGAGAAGGAAAGAUAUGCUCGUGUCUAUCUCAUAGGCAUGAUUGGAGGAGUGUUCUUCUCCAAAAAAAUCGAGCAAUUUAAUUAGCUGUGGAUGGCUUAGGAUCCUCCUUGGUAGUUGGGAAUAACCAAGCGUGAACUUUUGGAAUGUCAUCUGCAAAGAAACAGUAGUUCAACUAAUAUCAUAAUAAUCACAAAUCACAAAUCACAAUAAAAAGUAAUACAAAAUAGACUUACGAGUUAACG